AUGACUGAGCAAUAUAUAGAUGGCAUUCACAGCAUUACAGCCCAAUGUACACUGCAAGUCACGAUUGUCACUGAUGAAAUGUUAAGCAACAGCAUCACCUUACGUCUGGAGAACAUGUCCCAAGAGAAGUUUCUCUCUCCACUCCUAUCUUUAUUUGUUGAGGGAGUAGCCACUGUAUUGUCUGCUCUGAAAGAGAACGUUGUGAUAUUCAACAUACAGAAUGAUACAGAUGUCAGGGCAACUAUUCUUAAUGUCAGUCUGUCUGUCUUGUUACCUGACGGAGCUCAUAAUCAGUUUUUCUCAUCGGAGGACCUGCAGGAACAGAUUUAUCUCAACCGUACCCUGCUGACAGCUAUUUCCAAACAAAGAGUGCUCCCAUUUGAUGACAAUAUUUGCCUCCGUGAGCCUUGUGAGAAUUACAUGAAGUGCGUGUCUGUGUUAAAGUUCGAUAGUUCCGCCCCGUUCAUCACUUCAGAUACAAUCUUGUUUCGUCCCAUCCAUCCAAUAAAUGGCUUGAGGUGUAGGUGUCCUUCAGGAUUUACUGGAGACUACUGUGAAACAGAAAUUGAUCUCUGUUACUCAAACCCGUGUGGAAACAAUGGGAUUUGUCGGAGCAGAGAAGGAGGAUACACCUGUGAGUGCUACGAAGACUACACAGGUAAUCCAUCACCUUUGAAAUUGGGUCCUGUAUACCUGAGCCCAGGACAGCAAUUUGUAUCAAAAAGAGCAAUGGCUCCAACACCGCCCUUCAUUGGACACCAUUGAACACUUCCUACCAAUGUGAAGUAAUGAUUCCAAAUAAA